AGCUCUCAACUUCGCAAUGGGGGGUUCGCAGGAAACGGAGGCAAGGGAAGAAUCAGCGGCAUCGACGGAAGAGAAGAAUGAUGGAGUGAUCCCUUUGGAGAGGACGUUGGAUGAGCGAUGUGCAAUUUCUUUAUUCAAUCAUCUGCGUAUACUGGCCUAUGAGCUGGCUCUCAGCGUUUCUUCCACCGACUCGGAAAUGGAGGCGAUCGCGAUCAGUUUCGUUGGUGCGAACACCCAGGCAGCCUUAGCCAAAUGUUUGGUCAAUUUUUGGUUCGUCUGCGGCCCCCAAGUUCAUCAAUAUUGGGACGAGGCUCAGCAGCGUUCCUGGCUCAAUCGAUUGUAUAUGUUAAUACUUGGUUCCGAAGAAGGUGUAGUUUCUCUCCAUAGCGGUUUUGUAAUUCUCCGCGACUGUAUUUUUACACUGCACUGGGCGACCGGCCGACGCGCGACGGGAUGGACCGCUGAGCAAGAUGAGAGUUGGCUGUGUCGGUUGGCGGAUCUGGCGACACCGAUGGCAACUCGUUCGAAGAGCCUCUGUCGUAUCAUGUCGCAUGAGAGGCUGUUUCCUGCUAUAAGUCUGAGCGAAAACACUCCUUCCUAUGCAUUGAGUGGUGGAAAGACCCCCUAUCGCAAUGGUUACUUGCCUGGACCGAUGGGCAGUUGGCGACUUACUGGACCGCAGAAAGUUGCUGCUGGGGUUGCCAUUACUGUACCAGGUGGUAUAGCUCUUGGUGCUCUUGGACUGGCAGGGCAUUACCUUGUGAACGGGUCGCAGGAUCAGUCUGCUGAACUGAGGGGAAAAUGUGAUAAAUUAUCACGUAUACAAGUUGCUCGGAAAAUGCAUCCAAUUGUGAUUAAUAACCACACGAAGUCCACGUUGAAACUGUACCUUUAUCAGAGCUCUGAUCUGGUCUGUGUGAUACCUAUUGGUGGUGGUGGAGCUAAUUCUGAAGGGAAGCGGGAGGUACCCCCGGGUCAGCAGGCAGUGUUCCGGCCCAGCAUUGCUGGAGAUUCCUUCUGGCUCAAGGUCUACUCUCAGCUUGGAUGGAUUGAGUAUCCCGAGUAUAGCGGAAUGGUCAGCCGAGGUGACCAUUUCUCCGCUGCCCGGAGUAAGACGGGAGCACUCGAGCUGUAUGGAGAGGCUGAGGCUGUGCACUAGUUGAAGGACAAGCUGCUAGCACAUGAGAGGGAGAAAUAUGGCGGUGUCCAGUAGAGGAGUAUGAAUCCUCACAACUUAAUACAAUUUGGAGU